AUGCGGCAGCUCUGCGUAUGGCCUCCUGCCGCUGGUGUUGCUGCUACUGGCUGCAGUGAGGAGUUGUUGCAGAGGGCACCGAAGGCAUGCACGACCUGGGAGGGCCUUGGGCCUGCUGGGGUGUAUACACACACCAAGCCAUGUAAUCCAUGUGGCACUGCUGCUCGCGCUGCUUUCUGUCGACGAAAUGCACGUGAUCCUGAUGGGGUGUGCUUCUGCUGCUAUAUUGGGUGCUGCCGCAGUUCUGAACUGCGAGUUUGUAUCGACCGCAUGUGGCGCAGUUCCGUUGCAGCCACGGCUAGGUCUGCUUUGAGAGGAGUUUAUGACAAUGAUUGUUUUUGUUGCACCCGUCUUGAAUUCGUCAUCUUUUGCCGGCGGUAUGCUGCGCUCUUGUGCAGCAGAGGUGGGGUGGACGAGACGCUGCAGCUGCAGCGGCAGCUGCUGCAGUGCCUCGACGUGUCCGUGCAGCUGCUCUCGCGCAUGCAGCAGCGCCUGUCUCUGCGGCAACGGAACAUCCUGAGGGAAGUAUCCUUCUUCUUGUCGCGCGUUGCUGCUGCUGCUGCUUCUGCCGGUACCGCCGUGUCUGCGGAGACGCGCGCUUUUGCCGAUGCUGCAGUCCUUUCCCCCCCGGAAGGCCCCCUACCCAAAGCUCCUCUCGGAUUGGAUUACAGCCAAUUGGACCUUGAGGCGAUUCUUUCUCGGACGGUCCUUGUCGCUUCCGAAGGCGACACGCGGGUCGCGCUGCACCACGCGGGAGUGCGAGAGGUAUAUGUAGAUCUCGGGCAGCAGCAACAUCUGUUUACUGGAGAUCUAUUGGAAGUGCUGCCGGGCGCUCGGCUACUGCAAGAGGCUCCGCCGCUAAUAGCUGCUGAGAGCUUCUCCCUCGCAUGCAUCGCCUCCCACGAUCUCAGUGGCCUGUAUCAGCACAGCCUUAAGGUCCUGCCUGCUAUAAGCGCGCAGUCCCGUCUCUGA